GCAGUCAGGAUGGUAAAAAAUCUUGUAAGUCUGUCAGUGUUAACUUCCAAGCAAAUCGCUUUGCGAGAUCGAGUUGGUGACACGACAAGCCGAGAUGAGUCAUCGUAGCUUUGAGCAGGAAAUACUGCUCAUUCAAGGUUGAAACGUCCGGAACACUCAAUUUUUAAUAGCUAGGCUCUGCUACAAAGCGAUGGCUGCCGUGAUGCGGUAUCGAACCGCGGGUUAUAAUGGCUAUUCGAUUGAGUACAGUCCCUUCUUCGAAAACCGGAUAGCAUGUGCAUCUGCAGCCAACUUUGGGAUUGUAGGGAAUGGGCGAUUAUGGGUCUUGGGCCUUGGAGCGGGACCUGAAGGCAUCGAUGUGGAGAAAGUUUACGAUACACAAGAUGGGCUAUUUGACUGUGCAUGGAGUGAAGUGCAUGAGAACCAAAUAGUUACAAGUAGCGGAGACGGGAGCAUCAAACUCUGGGAUGUAACAUUACCCGACUUUCCUGUGCGGAAUUGGAGCGAACAUACACGAGAGGUCUUUGCGGUGAAGUGGAACCUCGUUAAGAAGGACACAUUCAUAUCGGGCUCUUGGGAUCAGACGAUCAAGCUGUGGAAUCCUGAAGUUCCACAAUCUCUAACGACAUGGCAAGAACACACGCACUGCAUCUAUCAAACCGCUUGGUCCCCAACCAGUGGCGAUAUCUUCGCGUCGGCGUCCGGCGAUCAUACCUUGAAAGUCUGGGAUGUACGCCAACCACGAUCAGUACAAACUGUACGAGCACACAACGCAGAGAUACUUGCACUGGAUUGGAACAAAUACCAUCCAAACACGCUGGUUACUGGCAGUGUAGACCACAGUGUGAAAGUAUGGGAUCUUCGAUUCCCAGACCGAGAGGCGAUGGUACUACUGGGCCACGAUUAUGCAGUCCGACGAGUAAAAUGCUCCCCACAUAGCGGCAAUAUCAUCGCGUCCGCGUCAUAUGAUAUGACAAUGCGAAUUUGGGACACAGCGAUGGGAGGGAACAGACUUGCGCAUGUACAUGAUCAGCACACGGAAUUUGUGUUGGGCGUGGAUAUGUCGAUGUUCUUCGAGGGGCAGGUGGCAACAUGUGCAUGGGACGAGCAGAUCAAUGUCAUACAAAUUCCCGGACUUUCAAUGAAACAUUAGACAUCAACCAAUCUAGGAAUUAUUUUGCAUAUCCGCUGCGAUAAAAGGAUUACAGAAAUGAACCGUACUGGAAACAAGUCCAAUUUAUUUCUGGACCUUGACUCGGGGGAACACAGAGUUUGCAUGGUCAAAUAGAUAUUCAGCGGCACAUGCAAAGAGGUCUACGGUGCAAGCACCCAAGACGAGAGGCUAGUGAAUUAAUUUGAGUAUAUUACAAAAGCAGACCCAAGGAAAGGAACUCCCCACUCAUGCUGAAUAAUUAUCUAUACAAAAUAUAUGCCUUGAA